AUGGACAAUUUACAAAUUCUACUUGAAGAUUCCACAAAACCUGCAGUAGGUCUAAGCACAAGCUCACCAAGUAUCACAAAGGAGCCUAACAUCAAUGUCAUAGUUGAGUUCACAAAGCCAGUUUUUGGCUUUGAAGCCUCCAUGGUAGAAGUGGAUGGUGGGAGACUUACAAGGUUUGAGGAACUUUCAAGAGCUCUAUAUUCAUUAACUGUCAUGGCGGUAGCUGAGAAUGUGUCAAUCGAAUAUUCUGAGACAGCAAGAGGUCUUAGAUGGCUCAUACCCCAUCAAAGGCUUCCAUGGAAAAGGAAUAGCACUUCAAACUGGCCAAAUCAUUUCUACGAUGUCACUGAUGAGAUCACAAAAUUAAGCAACUUUUCCCUGAAUUUCCCUUCCAAAGAGAGAUAUCACCAUAGGACCGACUUGAAUUUCAGCAAAUAUUCUAGUUACCGAGUAGAUGAACCACAUACUCCAAUUAAAACUCACCCAAAGCCUGGUUGGCUCCACGAGCUUCAGAACAAGAGCAUGGAAAGCACUUAUGGACUACCUCUUAACCUCAACGAAUACCUCACCUAUUUCUUGAGAGGAGAGCCAUUGUCUGCUAGCAAUGUCAUCAAGAAGAUGGAGAAUUAUAAAGGGUGGGAGGACUUGGAGAUGAACCUGUUCUGGCUCGGUCUAGGAGGAGGCAGUUUACUCAUAAUCCAUGCCGGACUAUUACUUUUCCUGAGAUGGAGGACAAAAAAACCAGCUUUUGGGAUACUUUCAGUUCCUCGGUUUGAGCUGUUUCUUUUGAUUCUAAUGUUACCUUGUAUCUCUCAGUCUUCCGCAUUUGUGAUAAGAGGUGGUACAAUGUGGGGAAUUAUAAUUGGAACAUUCUUGUUAGCAAUCCCUGCAGCAUUUAUUUUAUCGGUGUUUCUUUUCCUUAUCAUCGCAAUCUUCUUUAGUAGCUUUGCGCAGUACAAAGAAUUGAAGGACGUUGGCAGAGAGGAGCCAUGGUACACAAAGCUCUGCUUCUUCAUUUGGGGGAGAGCUGCAACCGGGAAAUGGUUUUAUAGAGAAGGCCUUCCUUCAUCCUUCCUCCCACGUUUUGGUAUUCUCUAUGAAAAUCAAAAGGGUCCUACAUUGUUUGUCUUUGUUGAUCAGAAUAAUCCAAACACGAUACCUAGGUGGACCGGAAGCAGCCAAUCUGAAAUCGGGAGAAUGAAAGCCAUCAGCUCGGAUGACAGCAACGAAGAAAUUGAAAUUCCGUUGUCCAGGAGGAUUUUCGGCUGUGCUAGAUCCUCCUAUAUUAUUCUUGAUCUAAUAAGAAGAGUCAGUUUGGGGAUAAUAGCUGGAGCUUAUUCUUCACAUCACUUGAGUCAAAGCCUUUUCGCAUUCACUAUCACACUGAUACAGUUUAUGUAUUUGUUGAUUCUCAGACCUCACAUCAGAAGGGGAGUCCAUAUGGUGGAAAGUAUUUCUCUGAUGUGUGAAGCAGGUCUAUUUGGUCUAUCUAUCAGUAUGGAUGUCUCGAAUCUGAUUAAAGCAAGAACACAAGGAUUUCUAAUGCUUGCUCUCCUCUUCAUUACCUUCCUUGUGCAAAUAAUAAACGAGUGGUAUGCUCUAGUACAAUGUCUAUUAAGGUUCUCUUAUCCUGAAAUGAAUUCUUUCUUUCAUGGAUUGACAAUUGCUGCUAAGGGUGUUGUCUUGCCUUUUCUCCCAAGAAAGCAUUUGGCCAGAGUCAUACCCAGUUCCUGGCAGCCAAAAACUGGCCUAACUCCAGUACUUCCUCUAUGCCCAGAAACAGAAUUUGAACAAAGAGAUAUAAGAGCACCAUGUUUUGGUUCGUUUAGCUCUAUGAGCACAACAGUAGUUCCCGUGCUCAGUCCUGCAGGUUCACCAGGCAUUGAUGUCCUUCAAGCAACAGGUCCAUUAACUACAGAGAGAGCUUUUACCAGCCAAAGAGCAGUGGAAGUGAAACAAGCAAAGGGACCUGAGCAGAAAAGCGAAAUGAAGAAGUUAAGGGAGUUAGCAAGGGCUAGUUUCUCUGGGGACUCAAAAGGUUGAGGAAGGUAGCGCCAGAAUGCAACUAUAUUAUAAUCAUUUCCUCCGGAAACUUUCUUGGAUAAUUGUCAAGCUUCCACGUCAAAACCAAAAUCUGAUUCAUAAAUGCCUUAGUAUUAAUGCCAGGUUUCAGCUCUAUCAAGGCUUCUAACAAAACUACCAAUUUGUUAAAACUAACUUGUGACCUUAGCAAAAGGUGAAUUACUUUUGUCUCCCCUAAACAGUAGCCUAAAACAUUCAUGUAUUGUAGAUAGCAAUGUAAUUAAAUAUUUCAAAUGCACUAGCUAAUUCUUGUCACUAUUGCCACAUUUAAGAAGCAGAUCAACAUGGGGAUGGACUAGUUUUUGUACCCUGAAAAGUAUUCUUCAAUUAUAAAUAU